AGUCUAGGAUAGUGUGGUGCAGUGGUGCUUUGGAAUUUGAAAAAAAAAAUUACUCCGUAUGUCAUUUCACAUCUGCUAUCUUUGUCAUCUGAAAAGUGAAGAAAGGGAAGAUCGUGAUUUAAGUUCAGCUCUAUACCCGUAAACUCCUCUCUCAUGGGUCUUGAGAGCGGGACAUAAGAUUGCCGAGUGGCAAAGGAAGGGAUCAGAAGCUGUGCAGCAGGCGAGCGGGAGUGUCGGACUGUGGGCGCCGCCGCUAUCAACAGUUCAGCUGGGCCGUCAGGGAGAGUAGCCGGGCCGCCAGGCUGACGCAGGCGGCAGAUGGCACGAUGCGACACAGUGGCGGUGGACAGCAAGGGAUGGCCAACAAGGCGACUGGCGGACUGGUGGCGUCUCUGCGGCUUGCGGACUUCACAAAGAAGUAGACGGAUACCGUUUCACUUUGUUUGGGGUUUCUGGAAUCAGCGUACAAGUGAAUCUAAAAUUCUGCAGGGCCCUCACCAUCAACGUUAGAUGAACUGUCCAUGUCCGCCGAAGAACUCUAAGCCAGAAGUCCCUAUUUCUGUUGUUGCAUUUUCUGAACUGGAUUUAGGAGCUUGAGUUCACCGAGGGAAGAACUCAAAGCCUAAUGACCUUGAUUCAUUCUUUCUAGAGGAGAUGGAUGCUUAUGAGUGGUGAACCGAUCAGCUAGACAAUUGUAUGGUUGAUACUGCGAACGGUUAACAGCCUCUCGCCAUGAAAUGUCCAUCACGAGCAGAAGUUCAAUCUGCCCACCAGGUGCUCACUCGCUUGCGAGUGUUCCAGCCUUCCUGGAAUCAAAGCUUCUCGCGUAUGAAGAGGAUAGGACUACCCCGUGCUCGAUGUUGAGAUAUAAGCGUGUAGCUGCCCGGAAGUUGACUGAGUUCCUUGUAUUUAGAAUCAGGGAUGAUCCCUCAUUUGAUGAUAUUUUUCAACAUAUGGAACCUGCUGCUAUGAUGAGGAGUGCCUCGAGUAUUUUAAUAGGCUACUGGGCGAAUGAAGAAGCGAUUCUUCCAUUGGUUUAUGCAAUGGGAGCUCGUGCUUUUGGAGUGAAGAGAUUUGGCUCAGGAGAGGCUUGUAUUAGUAAUGUAAAGGAAAAGGAACAUGAUCUUGUCCCUGGAGAAGAGAGACCUGUGAAUAAAAUUUGCAUGGAGUCUCCAUCUUGCACUAUCAUUGCUGACCUUUCUCAACUUUUAAGUUAACCCAUGCUGGAUGCUUCGAUCAAGAAACUGGCUGACCAAUUAAUAAAGUUUCCAGAAGCAGUUCUCCUGGCGGAAGAACUCCUGGAAUCUCUGAAGGAUGCUGUUCCGUUAAGACUCCCCCCAUAUCUCCACUAUCUUGAAAGGCAUAGAUCUGCAGCACUAGGAUUUUGGUUUGCUCCUGUCAUCAUCCUGCACCUAAUUAAGGAAUUGAAAGAGGGGAGCCUUGAGUAUUUUAUUCGGAUACUGGAGUGAUAGUGACGUAUCUAUGCUGGUUCCAAUGUUAAUUUCUCUAAAAAAUAGAAACGAGGCAUUUGGUGAUGUUGACUUAAUGGAAGAGAAUGUUGAAUAUCUAUAUUAUUUUAUUCGGAUACUGGAGUGAUAGUGACGUAUCUAUGCUGGUUCCAAUGUUAAUUUCUCUAAAAAAUAGUAACGAGGCAUUUGGUGAUGUUGACUUAAUGUGGAGGAUUUGAAGAAUGUGCUAGCUGAUAACUACUUUGAAGAUUCGGUGGAGUAUACAGAUCUAUUUGUAAAGGCAUCAAUGCAUCAUAAAAUGAUGACCACCCGCAAGAGAAAAGGGUGUUCCAUGCACGGAGCGGCGAUAAACAGAGGGUAAUCGAAGGGACUAGGAUUGUGGAGGCGGAUGCAAUAACAAGUGUGUUCGCUUCAAAGGUAUUUGCUUCAUAAUAAAAUCAUAAUAGCAAUACUGUGUAGUGAGUAUCAUUAUCAAAUCAAAUGAUAAAAACUCUUUCCUUUUGGAGAUGUUUUCGCUAGAACGAUGGUUAAUUGCUUUUUUCGUUAAUUGGGAUUGUUUCAGCUUCUUCCAAAAAUCCCAACGUAUAGUUUACUGUACAUACUAAAGCUAGAUAGAUCCGUACACAUAUCAAACCUCGAGUGUUUUACAAUAUCCUGAGAUUUGGUUCAGCACAUUUACUAACAAACAAACAAAACUCUUUUCAUUCUCCAAUUGCGUGUAAGGCCAACAAUGAUGGUUGCCUUAUGAAUAAAUCCAACAAUUUUUUUACAUUGACCAGUAUAGUAGCAGGAGAAUCUUGAAGCAAGCCAUAUGAUGUUGGUUCAUCUCCAAUUGUAAGCAAAUCAUCCCCAUUUUCAUAUAUCUUUCUUUUCUCCCUUCAGAGCUUUAAGGAAAACACUUGUACAAAGCUUUAGCCUGUGGACUCGAAUCUUCUUUUCCUCUAGAAGCACAAAGAACAACAAUUACAGUAUAAGAGGAAGGAAUCAAUUGCUAUUGCCAAUUUAUUUACCUGGAGCUGCAUAAUACUCUAAGCAAUUACGAAACAACCCCAUCAAAACCAUGCAUGAAACAUAUAUACAUAUUUAUAGAGUAGUAAAAACAUAAAACUAAUUCCAACAAAAUUACCUGAUCUAUUUCAACCUUGAGCUUUCACCUGUUAUAAAAAAUUAUAUAAAUUAAUUUAUGAUGCUUAGUAAAAUAUAAUACGAAUUAGUUGUAAUUACAAAAAUAUAUACCUCGAUAUCUUGUCGUUUUUUGACCUCCUUCCUUUUUUGGAUUUGAUUUCCCCCUAGAACUUCUUUCGUCAUCGGUCUCAGACCGUUCCUGCUUAAUGAUCCCAACAUACUCUUGUACGUCUCCAAUUGUAGCAAACAACAUAUUUUCUGCUCCAACUUUUAUGUUGUAAUUCGCACUUUUAAAUUCAAACUAUCUCUUACUCCUGAUAUGCUUCCCUCUUUGCUAUUUUGAAUAAUAAUCCGACAUUUUGUUCCAUUUAUCGACCACAGUAUCCAUCCAAAACUUAUCACGGUCUGUUAGAACCAUGUUAAUACCUCAGAAACACCCCCACUUUCCUCCAAUUGUGUAUAAUGUGCUCUCUAAUCGAAUUUGAUCUCGUUGCUUCGCAAAAAAUCAUUAUGAUUAUGAUGAGACUGGCUGCUAUCUUUUUUCGAUGCAUACUUAAAUCUACAUUCGUUUUUAGCAUUGAUAAAAAAACUAUCAAGUUGAUAACAUCAUUCUUUGCUUUUGUAAUCUCAUCCAGUGAAGCAAUAUUGGAUGCACUUAGUAAACUCCUGUGAGAAAUCGUUAUUGGCAGUGCACUAGAAUCACCUAUGUCAAUUUGGCUCUCUCCUAGGUUAAACCAAUCCCUAGCACUAUUUCUAAUACCAAUCAAGUAGAUGUCGUGAUAAACUUACCCAUACAAUUGUAUUCUCUUGUAUUCUGUUCACAAGAAAAGUUCACAUGUAUUUAUUUUCAUUUUUUUUUUCAUUUGCAAGAGGGUUAAGGAGUACAUUUAUAUUGACAAUUCUCCUUCCAACCUCUAAGAUAUCUCGCCAAUCAGUUACAAAAGCACCACAACCUUCUGUAGCACGGGAAACAUCAAAAGUAGACUCUUGCUCAAAAGAAUUUGGAUUAUUGAGAUUCUGCGAAUAAUCUCAUUUCAAUUUAAACUAAAUCAGUGCACUAACAACAUUAAACUUUCACCAAUUACCUUAUUGUGAAUACAUUUUAUAUGUGUGGGCAACACUUUGAAAUACACGUAUAUAUAGUGGAAAACCGUACGAUUCAGUUGAGUCCUUUGCCUUUAGGUCCAACAAAAAAAAAUUUCAAAAUUCGGGUCCCAAAGUCAUAAAAAAGGUCAAACAUGACAUUUUGGGGCUGAGGAGAGUGGGAGAGGGUUUGGUAUACUUUCUAAUAAAUUACAAAAGUCUAACAAAUAUUACUACACAAAGUUUCAUACCAAUUAAAAACUGCAUGAAUGAAUGAUUUUCCUAAGAGCAUAAUAAAUUAGAAUAAAAUCCUGAAAGUUGGAAGGAACACUUUCCUUAUUUCUUGAAAGUGUGGAACAAUUCAAAAUUAUAUAUGAACAAACACACACAUAUAGGCAGGCACGUACUAAAUUACUAAUCAAUAUACCUCUUGUUUAUGAUCCAUUUUCUUGGUCAACAGAUGUAACAUGUCAGACAAUAUAAUGUAAAAAAAAGAAUGCUGAUUAAACAUGCUUCAAAUUGAAUAAAUUUGUUUUUAUUUAUAAAAACUAUACAACUUGUACUCCAGGCUUUGACAAGAAAACUAAUAACAGUGUAGGCAAAAUACUAGGUUUGUACUUUGUAGUGAAUAUUUUAACCAUCUGAUGCACGUUUUAUUAGUAAACUAAUGUUGAGUAACUCUGUCUCUGUUUUCAUGUUAUAGGAAAAUGCUUUGUAGUGAAUAUUUUAACCAUUUGAUUCUACUGAUUUAUGAAAAAAUUAUAUUUAAAAUACUUGUUGUUAAUAAAUACAAUAAAAAAAUAUAUGAAAAAGGAGCUAAAAUGAUACUUUACAGUAACUUCAGCCAAUACAGCCAGAAAAGUAACUUCAACUUUACUUUUUCUUAUUAUUACGCAAUUCAGCACUGAUUUAGUUUAUGAUCCAAUCACGAAAAGGUAAUUGGAAUGAGAUUAUUUGCAGAAUCUCAAUGAUCAAAAAUUCUUUUAAGCAAGAGUCUACUUUUGAUACCACCCGUGCUACAGAAGGUUAUGAUGCUUUUGUAACUGGUUGGCGAGAUACCUUAGGGGUUGGAAGGAGAAUUGUCAAUAUAAAUGUACUUUCUAAACCUCCUGCAAAUUAAAAAAAAUGCAAAUACAUACAUGUGAACUUUUCUUGUGAACAAAAUGCAAGAUAAUACAAUUGUGUGGGUAAGUUUUAAUACUACGACCGGUACUUGAUCGGUAUUAAGAAUAGUGUUGGGGAUUGGUUUAGCCUAGGAGAAAACCAAGUUGACACAGGUGACUCACUGCACUACCAAUAACGGUUUCUCAUAAAAGUUUACUAAGUGCAUUCAAAAUUGCUUCAUUGGAUGAGGUUCCAAAAGCAGAGAAUGAUGUUAUCAACGCGAUAGUUUUUUUAAUCAAAACUAAAAACGAAUGUAGAUUUAAGUAUGCAUCGAAAAAAGAUAGUAGCCAGUCUCAUCAUAAUCAUCAUGGUUUUUGCAAAGCAACCGGAUCAAAUUCAAUUAGAGGACAUAUUAUGCACAAUUAAGAGGAAAAUGGGGCUGUUUCGGAGGUAUUUAAAGACAUGGGUUCUAAGUGACCGUGAUAAGCUUUGGAUGGAUACUUUGGUCGAUAAAUGAAACAAAAUAUCAGAGAUUCUUAUUCAAAAUAGUAAAGAGUGGAGCAUACCAGGAGUAAGAGAGUUUGAAUUUAAAAGUGCUAUGUUACAACAUAAAAGUUGGAGCAGAAAAUAGGUUGCUUGCUCCAGUUGGAGACGUACAAGGGGAAAUUGGGAUCAUUAAGCUGGAACGGUUCGAGGCCGAUAAAAAAGCAGUUCUAGAGGGAAAUCAAAUAAAAAAAAGAGAUAAAAAAACUGCAAGAUAUUAAGGUAUAUAUUUUUCAAAUUUUGUAAUUACAACCACUUCGUAUUAUAUUUUACUAAGCACCGUAAACUAAUUUCUAUCAUUUUUUAAUAGGUAAAAACUCAAGGGUGAAAUAGAUCGGGUAGUUUUUCUAGGAAUUAGUUGUGUUUUUCCUCUACAGUAAUGUAUAUAUGUUUCAUGCAUGGUUUUGAUGGGGUUGUUUCGUAAUGACUUAGAAUAUUUUGCAGCUCCAGUUGACUAAAUUGGCAAUAGUCAUUGAUUCCUUCCUCUUAUACUGUAAUUGUUUUUUGUGCUCUAGAGGAAAAAAAGAUUUGAGUCCACAUGCUGAAGCUUUGGCUUACAAUAAAUCGUUCUGGCGAAAACAUGUCCAAAAAGAAAGAGUUUUUAUCUUUUGAUAAUGAUACUAACUUCACACUAUUGCUAUUAUGAUCUUAUUAUGAAGCAAAUACCUUUGAAGUUUCACCCAGAAGCGAACACACUUGUUAUUGCAUCAACCUGCACAAUCCCAGCCCCUUCGAUUACCCGAUGCUUAUCGUCGUUCUCCGCAAGGAACGACCCUUUUUUCUUGUGGGUGGUCAUCAUUGUAUGAUGCCUUUAAAUAUAUAAAGCAUGCGGGUCAUUGUUUAUCCAUCCACAAAUGUAGGCACAUUUGUUCCAACUUCAGGAGUUUGUAGGCAAAAAUCAUAAGGCACAAAAUGCUAAUUCAUAGUGGGUCUACAAAAAAUAACUUUAGUUGAACCAAUUUUAUUUUUCCUAUAACCAAAGUGUCGAAGAAAUUGACUCUCUCCUACCGGUAGGAAAAGGGGCUACAAGGGUAAAAUAAAUCUUGCUGCUGACUGUACCGUGCGCACAGUUCGGGCUUUUUGUUCGUUGUGUACUGCGCGUUGUCCCUCGGAUCUCCGCCUUCACCUUGAAUCUCGUCUCUUCCUUGCCGAUGACCUUCGCUCGUCUCUUGGAUCUGCGCUAGGCAUGGACUCGGGCCGGGCCUAGGCCCGGUCAGACCGCCGGUUUGUAACUCAUGGCCCCGGGACCGGCCCGAGGUUUGGACGGGUCCGGUUCAGGCCGGGCCACCCGCCCGGGUCACGGGUCGGGUCACCCGCCAGACCGGGCCGGUUAAAACCAAUUUUUUUUAUAAUUUAUACUUUAUAGUUUUAUACAAGUAUUAAAAACAAACUUCAAGUGCAUUUAUUUGAAAUGAAAUAGGAACUACAUUUAAAAAUUAAGAGAAACAUAUAAUAUGAAAUACAUUUUGUAAAUUGUAAUCAAUCGGAACUUCCCGCACCUCCCGAUCCUUUGGUUUUGUCACAUGACCUAAUAUGCUUCAUUGACAUCCCGUAUCUGCCUGGAACUCCCAUGCUACACUUUUUCCCGCAUCAUUUGCAAGUUGCGUAUCACAUCCCGAUCCUCGGGUCCUGCUUAUCAAAAUUAUACCGUAUAACGGUAUAUUGACUUUCCAUCUUAAAAAUGGUAGAUAUAAUAAUUCUACAAUAGAUGGAGAUGAAGAUGGAGAAUGGAGAUUAGAGAUUGGAUGUUGGAGAAGAUGUGUAUAAAAAUGUUAGAAAAUAAGAGUAUUUAUAGAAUUUUUUGUACAAUAGAGUUUGGGUUGUCCCCAGCCCACCCCAACGGUCAUCUUUGGCCCAAAAGAUUUUUUUUUUAAAUAUAGCCGUUGUGACCCGGACCCGGGCUUGACCCGGCCGGGCUGGGUCACAUUUUGCAUGAACCGAGCCCGCCCUCGCUUCCCCCACUGGUUCGGGUUCACACUCGGUCCCGGACCGCCAGUCCGGGCCGGUCCAGGGCCCGCACAGUAGUGGGCCGGGCUGGGUCACGGGCCGGGUGGCCUGAACCGAGUCCAUCCCUAAUCUGCGCACGACGAUGGAGGCUAUGGAUGGGUUGCGCAGAUGCAGCGAAGAUAGGUUUUGCGCGCUCUGUUCCCUCUUUCCUUUCCUCUUUCUAUUUCUCUUACACUUAUUUUUGAGUUUGGUAGCUUUUGGGUUAGGGGAAACCUAAGUUGUACGUGGUUUUAAAGAUAUGAGCAUACAUAAAUAAAAUUUUGAGUAUGGUAGAGAUUUUAAAUGGGUCUAAAAGAAAUGAGUAUACGCCUAAAAGAAAUGAACUCACACAAAUUAAUAUUGAAUACAUUGAAAAUGAGUUUUAUGUUAAACUGAAAUAAGUAUAAAACCCAAAAUGAAUGAGCAUACACUCAUUUUGUGUUUAAGUAUGCUCAUUUGGUAUUGCUUUACGCUCAUUUGAAAAUGUCACACAUUUCAAAUGUAUCAUACUACAUUAUGUUUUACUCAAGUGAGUAUAAGUCCAAAAUGAAUGAACAUACAUAAAUGAGCUUUUGAAUUUUUGAUACUCAUUUUGUAAGUUACGUAUUGCAAAUUUUAUAAUAUUGCAAAUUUCAAACAUAUCAUACUAUAUUAGAUUCACAUAUUAAAAUUAAUUGGAAAUGAUAUAAACAUAAUUUAAGAGUUUUUUAUAUACGAAAAGAAUCAUAAAAAGAAAGCGAAUUCAAAGAUAUGAAGCAGAGAACAUUGAUGCUCAUUUUUUGACUCCAAAUACUCAAAAGAACAGGCCUGAUGAUCAACGAAAUUGCGUUGAUGCUCAUUCAAGAAAAACCGUGUUUUUUACCAAAAUUACAAACAUGCCAUCAGCUAUACGGCUGGAGUGUUUCCCGUUCAACUCCAAGAAAAGACUAGAAAUAGAACAUCAUUUUCUUUUCAUCAGUGUAUUAUCUGUUAAAACAAACAAGUAAAAAUAAAUUAAAUUUUUAAUUUAUUUUAGCAUCAGAUAUUUUUUCUCUCUUUUAACUCUCUUCUAUCUAACGUGUUCGCGGUUUAAGGUUCAAUCGGAAUUAGAAUCAGAAUGGCCCGUUUUUUAACCAAUAUACCAUGAGGUUUAGAUCGAGAAGUUCACUAGUCCAAAUCGGUCCUUUGAAAUUUUGGAACGAAAACUACCGGUUACGGUUCAGCAGAAUCAGAUGGUUUUGAUUUGGAACCGUUUUUUUAUUAAAUAAAUAAGUAAAUAAAUAAAUAAUUAAAAAUAAUAAUUUUAAUAGUAGUUGUUGUAGUAAUUGUCCUAACAAUAAAAAUAAUAAAUCAGUCUUCACAAUUUAUAACUAAUAAAUUGUGAUUAUUAGUUAGUAAUUUUUAAUUAUUACUGGUUAUAAGUCUUAAAUGUCACAAAUUAGAGUUAUAAAAAUACAUAAUUUAAGAAUCACUAAAGUAAUUUAAAAUUACUAACUUCUCAACUUGUACUAGAAUUUGGCGAAUUAGCCCAUAUGAUUUAAAUAGUGCGUCAAACUCCUCCGUGUUAUCAUUACGGAUGCACAAAACCCACUCUAAGAACAUAUUUUACAAUUUUAAAAUAUUUUUCUUAAGAAAAUAAUAUGAUUGAAUAUGCAAGUAACUUUGUCAAGAUUUCUAAAUUAUACAAAAAUAUUAAUUAUUUUCAUUUAUUUGGAAAUUAAUAUAAAUUUGUUCAUUAAAGGAGUUUUUGCGCGUUAAUAACCACUCCUAUAACACAAGGGGGUUUGUCGCUUUUCUUAAAUCAGAGGGAGUUAAUGUAUCGAAUUUAUAUUUCACGAGUGAGUUUGGUGUAUUAAACUCCACACAAUGUUUAGUACUUUUUGUGUGCUACUAUGUGACACUUUCUUUCUUUCUUGUGUUGAAUAUUAUCACAUAGGAGUAAAAUAGUGUCAAAGUAAGACUUACGAGUAUUUUUUUAAUUCCUAAAAUAUAAGUAAUUAUUUGUGAUUGGAUAAAAACACUCUUAUAGUGGGUCGAGUUUGGUCACUGGGUUGGCACCGCUAAUUGCUAGAUCAGUGGCCACAUCGGGCCGCCGCCGGGCACCAUACCAGUGGCCACACCCGUCCGCCGCCGUCGGACUACCUUGGCUAUGAUGGGUGAACUAGGGGGAAAUUGAUUAUUUUAAGGAUAUAAAUCUAAUGUUUAGGCCUAUUUAGAGGAUACAAAAACAUGGAUUCCUAUUUAGAAACUUUAAUCAUGUUUCUAAAUAGGAAUUGUAAGUUAAUGUCAUAUACUACGAUUGACACUAAUUAUAAGUUAAUGCCUCCCGAUAAAUGGGUAAAUGACACAUUUCCUUCCGAAUUGAUUUGUGUACUUCAAAUCUCGAUUUUGCUGGCUAUUAAUAUAUUCAAAUUUGUUUAUACAGUUAUAUAUUUUAGAAUGUUAGAUUAAAAACAUAAACGUCUUGUUUUUAAAUUUGUGCAAUUCUAGAUUAGAUUAUUUAUUCGAACUAGUAACAUGUUCAAUACAAGUACUACUCCCUCCGUCCCUAUUUACUUAGCCAAACUUGACUUUUCAAAUCAACGACGUCUAACUUUGAUCGAUUAUAUGUUUAUAUAGAGAAAGUAUUGAUAAUAUGAAAAUGAUAUGAAAAUGUUCUUUGUUAAAAACACUAUCAUAAAAGUAUAAAAUUAUUAAAUUUUGCAUAAAUAUAUUAGCUUAAAUAUUUGGUCAAAGUUAGAGGCCGUUGACUUGAAAAGUCAAGUUUGGCUAAGUACAUUGGGACGGGUAGUAGUAAACUUGUUAUACGUAGAUCAUUGUAUCUUCAUAUUUCAGUAUAUGAUUUCUACUUUUUUAUUGUUGCUGAUUUGAGAUGCAUUUGAUUUCCCAAAGCCCAAUCUGAUAUUUUCCCUGAUGAUUAUAUUGACUAAUAACUUAUCAGGAAAAUAAAAUUCAUCUUGUCUCCGGAGAAGAGAGAUCUAUGAAUGAAAUGUGCAUGGAGUCUCCAUCUUGCUCUACUGCUCUGAUAAUAUGGAAGAAACAGACUAUUCGUAUUAUGCAUACACUUAUAAUUUUUUUUCCCAAAAAAAGGAGAUGAGGUCUUAUUAGUAGAUCUUGAGUAGUUAGUCUUAUUCUGGCAAUAGUUUGUUUUUUUCCCCACAUGGUCACAUCACAAUAUCAAAUAUUACCGUUGACAAUAUCUUUAAGGCACAGGCAUUUUUGUCGUCUCUUUCACACCGUUUAUUGGAAUUAUUUUUCAUGAAUUAGGGAUUUAUUUUCAUGCAUACCAUGCACAUUCCUGCAUUUGAAGAUUCUCUUAGGGAGUAUAUUAUACAGUACCAAAUUGACAUGUCAGUUUUUAUCAUUUUUAUAUAGGGAUAAGGCUCAAAUUAGACACUAUGGUUUCAUCAGAAUCUCAUAUUGGACAUUAAGGUUUCAAAUGGACCAAAUUAGACACUAUGGUUUCAUAUGUAUCUCAUAUUUGACACUAAAGUUUCAUAAUUCAAUAUAAGUGAGUGUCCCAUUUGAUCUUUAUCCAAUAUAAGUGAGUGUCCAAAAACUAUGAAUUAUGAAACUUUAGUAUCCAAUAUACCUGCUGAAAGUUACAAACUAUUUUUGAUUUCACACAUUAAAAUUACUAAUGAUUAAUUAAAAUAAUAAUAAUAAUAAUAUGAUGAAGACUUGAUCUGCAGACUGCUUUUUGUUCCUUCUGAGCCACGCCCUCAUGGACCUCAUGGAUUCUCAUGAUGUAUAAAAUGGCAUAAUUAUAAAACAAAUACUCCCCGUGUCGUGCUACUUUGUGCUUCAUAUGGCUACAGACCUCAUAUUUUUAUGUUUUCCCAUGUAUUUGUUUCAUUGUGAUAUGCCGUUUUAAAAUAUUUAAGUCUUGAUGGGUUCGCCCGGUCAACCAAGACUGGCCCCGAGAUGCCAGUUCGGCCAUUCGGGGACCAGACCGGUCCAUCCCUAAAGUCAACGAGGAGAUUAAGUUUCUUUAUAAAAAUAACCAAAAUUAAUACCAUGAAAUACAAAGCAUGUAAAGUAAGCAAUUAUGUUUGGAUGUUCAACCAUUUGAUUCAUGGUUAUCAUCACAGGGAAGCAUACAAUUACUUCUCAGGGCAGAAGAGUAGUAAUGGGAUUCAAGUUCUUUAAGGGUAGCAGCAGCCUCCUCUCCAACCCCAGCUAAUACCCGGUCAGUCUUCUCGGCAAGUUGGUUGAAUUCUUCAGUUCUUUGCUCCACAUGGUCGUUUAAGGAAGCAAAUCCAGAAAAGAUGGCUAUUUGUUUCAACUCCGAAACCAACUUUAGCAACGAGUCAGCUGCCUGAACCUGUGUUUAUUCAUUGAAGAGAUCUAGAACAACCACAUGAAUAUUUGAACAACAAAGAAGAAAAUCCACUCAAACCAAGCAGGGUUUAUAUUGUGCCUACAAAACUUCAACUAUGCAAAAAAACUUGAUCUGGGAAGAACUAGAUUCUCACCCGUGCAAUGCACGAGAUUUUUUUAGUAACUAUGUAUUAUGUAUUAUUAUUUGCUUAAGAUAAUAAUAAUAGUACAUGAUAGUUUUGAAACAAAUGCAAUGUGUAAAUGCAUUGAAAGAAAGUUUAAUAAAUAUUAAGAAUUUAUAAACUAGAAGAGUCAAAUCAUAAUGUUGAUGGUAAAAGGACGGACGGUAGUCAAUAUUACAAUCAUAACGUAUUAUCAAUUUAUCAUAAAUACUUG